AUGGAGCAUGUGGUAUCAAUGUCUGAAGGAGAUUGGAGUUCUUUUAGUGGAAUGUGUUUUACUGAGGAGGCGGAUUUCAUGGCACAGUUACUUGGUAACUGUUCGUUUCCAAAUGAGUUACCAAGUAAUUCUGGUUAUUGGAAUAUUGGUCAUGAAUCAAAUAUUGGAUCUUCAGGAGGAAGAGAACAUAGUAGUUUCUUCUUUCCUCCCCCGAGUCAUGAGAGUCACUACUCAAUUAAUUCUCGGCCUAUGUUGAUGAGAAAUGAUAGUUCAAUAACAACAGAACGUGGUGUGAUGGAUAAUGAUAAUCCAAUUGAAGCAGAUGAGUACUUCGUUAACAACAUGGAGUUUGAUGAGAACACGGCUGAACCUCUUCUUGAUGGAAACAGCUUGCAGCUAGGAAGAAUAGAUAAAAUAGAUCAUAGCCCAACAGAGAGUUCUAAGAAAAGAGCGCGGUUACAUUGUCAUGUACCAAAGAACAAGAGAAGUACAAAACUGCAAACAGAAGUUAAGACUGUCGAGAUGGAUAUGAAAAGCAAGACUGUGCUUCAGAGGCAAAACUCUAUGGUCAGUUGCUGUUCAGAAGAUGAAUCUAAUGUUUCUCUCGAGUUGAGACGGAAAUCCAGAGCAAGCAGGGGUUCAGCAACUGACCCCCAGAGCUUGUAUGCCAGGAAAAGAAGAGAGCGAAUUAACGAGAGAUUGAAGACCUUACAGAGUCUCAUACCUAAUGGAACCAAGGUGGAUAUUAGCACCAUGCUUGAAGAGGCAGUUCAGUAUGUUAAGUUUUUGCAACUCCAAAUCAAGCUGUUGAGCUCUGAUGAUCUAUGGAUGUAUGCUCCCAUUGCCUACAAUGGAAUGGACCUUGGGCUUGAUCUGAGGAUUGGCAAUCCAAAAUGA